GUUGGGGACUACGACUCCCAGAAUGCCCCGGGGCCCCGUCAGCCGCGGAGGCCGCUGGGGGACGAGGUAGUGGUCGAGGCGGUGCAAGGUAUUAUUGAGUGAACAGAUGGAAUGAGUGAACCCCGGUGUGAAGAGACCUGACCCGGCGGCGUCCUCUCUCCUGGUCCAGGAUGAGCGGGGAGCGCGUCUUCAAGGCAGCGCGUCUGUCGGGCAGCCGGCCGCCGGGCCUGGCCUUCGUCCCGCCCAGCCCCCCUCCGGACCCGGGCGCGGUGGAGGAGUUGCGGCGCUUCAUCUCGCUGGCGCGGAAGCUCCUGGUGGUGACCGGGGCCGGGGUCUCCACCGAGUCGGGCAUCCCCGACUACCGGUCCGAGGGCGUGGGGCUGUACGCCCGCACGGACCGCAGGCCCAUCCAGCACGCGGACUUCGUCCGCAGCGCCGGCGUCCGGCAGCGCUACUGGGCGAGGAACUUCGUGGGGUGGCCCCGCUUCUCCGCCCACCGGCCCAACUCGGCCCACCUGGCCCUCAGCAACUGGGAGAGGCGGGGGAAGCUCUACUGGCUGGUCACCCAAAACGUGGACGCCUUGCACACCAAGGCCGGGAAUCGGCGCCUCACGGAACUGCACGGUUGCAUGCACAGGGUGCUGUGCCUGGGAUGUGGCGAGCAGACCCCCCGGGGGCAGCUGCAGGGGCGACUGGCGGCCCUGAACCCCGGCUGGACGGCCGAGGCCCGCGGGGCGGCCCCCGACGGCGACGUGCCCCUCGCGGAGGAGGAGGUGCGCGGCUUCCGCGUGGCGCCUUGCGGCCGCUGCGGCGGCCCCCUGAAGCCCGACGUCGUCUUCUUCGGGGACACGGUGGAGCGCCACAAAGUCGACCUGGUCCACGAGCGAGUGCGGGAAGCGGACGCCGUCCUGGUGGUCGGCUCGUCUCUGCAGGUGUAUUCCGGGUACAGGUUCAUUCUCGCUGCCCAUGAGAAGAAGCUGCCCAUCGCCAUCCUAAACAUCGGGCCCACGCGGUCAGACAAGUUGGCGACUCUGAAACUCAGUUCCCGCUGCGGAGAACUGCUGCCUCUCAUCAUCCCUCAGGGACCGGAGCCUCACGGGCCCCGCUCGGACAGGGAAAGCCACCCCGGACCCUAGGCACCGAUGCCAAGUGAUCCUCGCUCUGAAACUUCAGCCACGGUCUCCGCGCCGCCAGCCGGGGGCAAUAAACCGUCACACUUUU